AUGAAUCAUUUCUAUGCUCUCCAAGCUAACAAGGAAGCAAAUGCGGAUGAAGGUGCCGGUGGUGAUGAGGAAAGGGCUCGUUUAGAAGCCGAGGUCAAAGGAAGGAACGACUUCACCCUUCAAGCUAUGCACCAACAAUUUGAGAGAUGGACCCUUCAAUUUCAAGAGAUGAGGGAUAUGAUUAUCGAGCAGAAUGACACCAUAGCUGCAAUUAGGAGGGAGAAUAAUGUUGUACCCCCAAAUAAUGUUAGACCCCAAGUUAGAAGGAAUGUACCCCAUAUCCCUUUUGUAAAUCCUGAAUAUGAUAAUGAUGAUUUUGAUGUUGAAUUUAAUCUAGAAAGAAGAGAUAGGAGGGGACAAAGAGGUAGAGUAGAAAACGAUAAUAUAAAUAGUAUAAAGAUGAAGAUGCCAUCUUUCAAGGGGACAAGGGAUCCAGAUAUGCCAGCUUUCAAGGGGACAAGGGAUCCAGACUUAUACCUUGAUUGGGAGAGACGAGUUGAAGCCAUCUUUGAUUGCCAUAACUACUCUGAGGGUAAGAAAGUUAAACUUGCUGUUGUUGAGUUUUCUGAUUAUGCUGCUUCUUGGUGGAAAAAGCUUGCUAGGGACAGAUUGCAAGAGGAGCUACCACCUAUUGCUACGUGGGCAGAGAUGAAGAGGGUAAUGAGAAAGCGAUUUAUUCCAUCAUACUUCCAAAGAGAUCUACAAUCUCGCCUUCAACGCUUGAAGCAAGGCUCCAUGUCGGUGGAUGAGUACUUCAAAAGCAUGGAUAUGGCUAUGAUCCAAGCUAACUGCAUGGAGGAAGAAGAGGCUACAAUAGCUAGAUUUUUAAAUGGUUUAAAUACAGAAAUAGCUAAUGUAGUAGAGAUACAACAAUAUGUAACUUUAGAUGAGUUAGUUGAUUUGUCUGUAAAAGUUGAAAAACAAAUUGAGAAAAAGCAGCAAAAUAACUCAUGGAGAAGUCGACCAAACACUAUCUCUAAGAAGCCAUGGUCAACUCAAGAGGGGAAAGCUCCUUCCAAACCUCAAGAUGAUAGAGGUAAAGGUAAAGUUGAGGAGGGAGGUAAAACCUUUAAUCCUAAAUCUUCUAAACCUUCAAGUUCUAUUCAAUGUCACAAAUGUCAUGGAAGGGGGCAUAUGAUGCAUGAAUGUCCAAGUAGAAGAAACAUCCUACUUAGAGAGAAUGGAGAAUAUGAGAGUGAAAAAAGUGAGGGGGAAGAAGAAGAGAGAGAAGGUGUAAGUGAGGAAGAUGAUUUGGAAUUGCCUAAUGAUGGUAUAAUUGGGGUGGUUAGGAGAAUUAUGACUAUCAAUUUGGGUAGUGUUGAUGAAGGGCAGAGAGAGAAUUUGUUUCAUACUAGGUGUGGGAUAAAAGGGAAGACUUAUUCUAUGAUUAUUGAUGGGGGAAGUUGUGCAAACGUGGUGAGUUCAUACUUGGUGGAUAAACUAGGAAUUGCAUGCAUGAAGCGCCCUACCCCAUAUAGGCUCCAAUGGUUGAAUGAUUGUGGAGAAGUAAAAGUAAACAAACAAUGCAUGAUUUCAUUCAAUGUUGGUAGGUAUGAAGAUGAAAUUCUUUGUGAUGUAGUUCCAAUGCAAGCAUGUCAUGUUUUACUUGGCCGACCUUGGCAGUAUGAUAGGCAGAAUUUUGAAGAUGUUUUUCCUGAUGACACUCCAAAGGGAUUGCCACCUUUGAGAGGGAUUGAGCACCAAAUAGACUUUGUGCCUGGGUCUCAACUUCCUAAUAGGCCUGCCUAUAGGAGCAAUCCUGAAGAGACCAAAGAAUUACAAAGGCAAGUUGAAGAAUUGCUUGAAAAGGGAUUUGUUCGAGAGAGUAUGAGCCCAUGCUCUGUUCCAGUCAUAUUAGUCCCCAAAAAGGAUGGAACAUGGAGGAUUUUUGUGGUCAGUUCUAAGGGAGUUGAAGUAGAUGAUGAGAAAAUCAAGGCAAUAAAAGAAUGGCCUAAACCUAAUAGUGUAACUGAAGUUAGGAGUUUUCAUAGACUUGCUAGUUUUUAUAGGAGGUUUGUGCGAGACUUUAGCACCAUUGCUGCUCCUUUAACUGAAGUUAUUAAAAAGGAUAAGGUUUUUACAUGGGGAAAGGAACAAGAUGAUGCAUUUAACUUGCUGAAGGAUAAAUUGUGUUCUGCUCCUCUAUUGCAAUUGCUUGAUUUUUCUAAGUCUUUUGAAGUUGAGUGUGAUGCCUCUGGUAAAGGCAUAGGUGCAGUUUUGAUGCCAGACUCCAAGCCAAUUGCCUACUUUAGUGAAAAGCCAAGUGGAGCAACAUUGAACUACUUAACUUAUGAUAAGGAGCUAUAUGCCUUGGUAAGGGCGUUAGCUACAUGGCAGCACUACUUGUGGCCUCGAGAAUUCGUGGUCAAGACUGAUCAUGAGUCAUUAAAAUACUUGAAGAGCCAAGGUAAACUUAGUCGUAGGCAUGCUAAAUGGGUAGAGUUUAUUGAAACUUUUCCUUAUGUAAUUGCUUACAAACAAGGAAAGGAGAAUGUGGUUGCUGAUGCACUCUCAAGAAGGUAUGUUUUGAUCUCUACUCUUACUUCAAAGUUAUUGGGUUUUGACCAAAUCAAGUUCCUCUAUGCUAAUGAUUCUGAUUUUGGUGAGAUUUUUGCUGAAUGUAAGUUAGGUCCUUUUGAGAAAUUUAAUCUUCAAGAUGAAUUUCUAUUCAAGGAAAAUAAAUUAUGUGUUCCUAACUGCUCGUUGCGUGAACUAUUUGUUAGGGAAGCACAUUAUGGAGGGCUAAUGGGACAUUUUGGCGUACCCAAAACACUGGAAAUACUUUCUGAACAUUUUUAUUGGCCUAGCAUGAGAAAGGAUGUUGAAAAAGUGUGUUCUUAUUGUCUUGAAUGUAAACAGGCUAAGUCUAGAACAUUGCCGCAUGGUCUUUAUACUCCUUUACCUGUUUCUAAUUCCCCUUGGAUUGAUAUUUCUAUGGAUUUCAUAUUGGGGCUGCCAAGGAUUUAUACUCCUUUACCUGUUUUUAAUACCCCUUGGAUUGAUAUUUCUAUGGAUUUCAUAUUGGGGCUGCCAAGGACUAAGUAUGGUAAGGAUAGUAUAUUUGUGGUAGUAGAUAGAUUUUCUAAAAUGGCUCGUUUUAUCCCAUGUAAAAAGACUAAUGAUGCAUCUCAUGUGGCUGACUUGUUUGUAAAGGAAGUGGUUAAAUUGCAUGGAAUACCUAGAACUAUUGUUAGUGAUAGGGAUGCCAAGUUCUUAAGUCACUUUUGGAGAAUUCUUUGGGGAAAGUUGGGAACUAAAUUGCUAUUUUCUACAUCUUGUCACCCACAAACGGACGGGCAAACGGAAGUGGUUAAUAGAACUUUAGGGAACAUGUUGAGGGCUAUUUUGAAAGGAAAGUUGACUUCUUGGGAAGAUUACUUACCUAUUGUAGAAUUUGCUUAUAAUAGGACCUUCCAUUCUUCUACUGGUAAGACUCCUUUUGAAGUUGUAUAUGGAUUCAACCCCCUUACCCCCCUUGAUUUAUUGCCUUUGCCUACUAAUGAUUUUGCUAAUCUUGAUGGUAAGAAGAAGGCCAAGGAGGCCCAUAACAAGAUUUCAAACCAAGGAGUUCAAUGA